GUUUGUCGACCGGCGAGAAGCUCGUACUCCCCACAGACGCCUAUGUGGUGGACUUCAAGACCGCGAUUUUCGACGCCGACUCAAGAGUGUGCUCUCAUGCUCUCAUCUCAUGGCUCGCCCGAUCAACCACCGAGUGGUAUUCCGAGACGACGAGGACAUGGAGGUGAUCUAACGAAAGCGCGGAGGGCAAGAGGAAGACUUCUACCGCUCUCGUUUCCCUCACGUACGAUGCAAAGACAAACAGACACAUACACACUGGUGGACCUUCAUUUUAGGGCGGUCCAAGCGCAGCCGUGGUACAUCCAAGAGGCAGCUGAGCCAGAUAUGAUGGCCAAUAUCGCUGUGGAGAACGAUUUCAAACCAAACGGCCCCACAGGUGACAAAUAGACUCAGCCUCACUGGAUCUCUCAGAUUCUGUCUCGUCAACUGCUGCACAGGGGACUUCCAUGGCAACAAGGGUUGGGGGACCCUGGAACCCUAUCGGCCAUGACGGCAACAACAAGUUGGGAGACCCGUGGGAUCCCAUCGGCCAUCACGGCAACGACCAGGUCCCAUCGCUGUUUGACGGCAAAGAACUAGGCAACGAAGGACUGCGUAAGCAUCGAUAAACCAGCCAAGAUACACUAAGACAUGUGACUGACACGCUCUGUUUCCUGCAGCAGAAGACAGUCAAAUGGCAGCGUCCGACAGCGACGAACCAACGGCAUCGAGCAACCAGGGGGAGCACCGCUACUGUGGCCCCGCCAAGAAGCCCAUCGCCGUACAAGAUGCUCAAGGCCAAGUACAGGCACUCAUCUGA